AUGGGUUGCUGCAGUCAAGUCUCAUUCCAUCUCCAAGCUGCCACCUGCUCGGGCUCCAGGCUGUGGCAGUCGUUUGUAGUGACUGUGUUCAUGCUGCGCAUCUGCACCCCCCACACAGUUGAAGAAGCAUCCAUAGGGAACCCAAAGGGGGCAUUCACGAAGAUAUUGCAAGCCCAGAAGAACAACACCAGCAAGGAGCUGACUAUUGAGCCAGAGAACCCAGUAUCAGAGAGAAACAGCGUGGACUUCCCAAGCCACAUGAGUGAACAGCCGGACUUCAACGAUGGAAGUGACGUUAUUAGUGCACUGAUUUAUCUAUUGCCUUAUUUCUCAGAGGAAAAUCUACAAAAUCAGUUUGAAAUUCAGCUGAAUCAGCAGCUACAGCCUCUCAUCCCCAACACUGACGUGAGAAGGCUCAUUUCUCACAUCAUCCGCACUCUGAAAAUGGACUGCUCUGAGGCCCAGGUGCAACUGCCCUGUGCCAAGCUCAUCUCCAAAACAGGCAUCCUGGUGAAGCUCCUCAGUGAGCAGCAGGAAGAAAAGAUAGCCAAGGAAGAAUGGGAUACAGAGCAGUGGAGGACUGAGACCUAUAUCAAUGAGAGUACAGAAGCCCCAAGUGGACAGAAAGAGCAGGAGUCGAGUAAGGGCUUUUUCCGGCUGAGGUGGCCACUCUGGCUGAGGCGUCUGCUCAGUCCUUUCGGUGGCACACGCAAGAAAGCUGAGGUCUUGCCCCUGUACAAGGAGCCUUCCGUAAAGGAAGAGCUUUUUGACAAGGACGCAGGGGAGCUCAGCAAGGGCCCCGCUGAGAAGACACCACCUCCAGAGUCCUCGGCAGAAGGUGAAGAGAGCGAAGCCCCCGAGGAAAACACGGAGUGA